AAUAUUUGUGCCUACAAAGCUUGCUUGAACAAUGCAAAGUGUUUCCUUGGAUAUACGGAUAAGGGGUUUCUUUGCGAAUGCCAGUCUGGUCACACGGGAGAACUCUGCGACACAGGUAAUUAUGUGGCCAGCAAACGCAGACAUAUUCAGUCCUGUUUUCGCUUGACUGCGCCACAAAGAAUACUUUUCGGGCAGAAACAAACUGGAAAUACGUCUACGUCUACGUCUCUCAUACACGGAAUCGCCAGCUAGUAAACUAGAAACUUACCGUGGGCUGUUGCUUCGAGAUCCGUCGAGGUGGUUAGAAAAACGAAAGUGUAUCCUACCCAGAAAUAGAGAACAAUUAAAUGUUGCGUAAUAAGAAAUAAUCAGGGGGUUCCGCAGCAAAGUUUUAUCCUGGAAAGUUCCGCCUUGAGGUUAACCUGAGAUCAGGUUCUAUUUUCGUUUCGCUUUGAAAAUAACAUUCCGGCGGGCAAGGCGAAACGAAAAGCGGUAGCCGUUAGAGAGAAUGUAUGAGAACCGCUAAAAUUGGGCCUGAUCUCAGGUUACCUUGAGGUCCAGCUCCUUACCCUUCUAUAUAAUAUGUUUUGAGAGAAAAGGUACCCCUCCCUUACCCAGUACCUUCCAUUGACAAAUGGUACCCCUUUCAAAUACCUAAUUUGGAACUUUCCGUUACUUUUAGCUGCUGUAAAUGCACUGUCUUCAAACUGUGAAUAAAUCACAGAACCAGGAAAUUGUCUCGACUUUUUCACAGCCAUAAAAUCCUUCUGUUAGCCCUUUUAGGUCCUUUUACAGACCGAAAUGACACAGAUUUCUCCACCCUCUCAUAUACUUCAACUAUUGAAAUCCUAAACCCUUUCAUACACCUGAAGUCUGGAAAAGGUGCCCCUUUCGCAAUUCGAACGAAGCUUCCCCGUAUAAGCCAUUAUAGGGGGUACCCCCCGGGAUUUAUGCUUGCUCUUCUCGCAAUCAGUGAAACAAUCAGUCUUCCCUGAAGCAAUCAGCAUGCUACAAAAUUGAUUAUUUUCUUGCGUUGAAUGUCUGUAAUGGUUUACAUACGAUGUAUGAGGUUGGUGGCUUGUAUUGUUUUCUUUNGCCAUAAAAUCCUUCUGUUAGCCCUUUUAGGUCCUUUUACAGACCGAAAUGACACAGAUUUCUCCACCCUCUCAUAUACUUCAACUAUUGAAAUCCUAAACCCUUUCAUACACCUGAAGUCUGGAAAAGGUGCCCCUUUCGCAAUUCGAACGAAGCUUCCCCGUAUAAGCCAUUAUAGGGGGUACCCCCCGGGAUUUAUGCUUGCUCUUCUCGCAAUCAGUGAAACAAUCAGUCUUCCCUGAAGCAAUCAGCAUGCUACAAAAUUGAUUAUUUUCUUGCGUUGAAUGUCUGUAAUGGUUUACAUACGAUGUAUGAGGUUGGUGGCUUGUAUUGUUUUCUUUUCUUUUUUAAGACCUGGACGAAUGCAAGGAUAAAACUCAUCAGUGUGACGUAAAUGCGAACUGUACCAACAUUCCUGGUUCAUAUAAUUGCACGUGCAGGCCUGGCUACACAGGAAAUGGGAGCAUUUGUAAUGGUAUAAUUAUACUAUACAAGCCUUCAGUGACUUCAUUUUUCUGCAAGUAGUUUAGUUUUUUAGCAACUUUAUAUUUUCUACUCCCUCCAGAAAUUGAUGAAUGCAGGGAUGGAAGCCAUGAUUGUCACAUAAAUGCGAGCUGUACCAACAUUCCUGGCUCUUACAACUGCAUAUGCAGGCCUGGCUACCAAGGCAAUGGGAGCAUUUGUCAAGGUAAAAAUUUGCCAGUUAAUUUUUAUGACGCGCCCUUAUAGAGUCAGGGCUUAUAGUAGUUCCCUUUGGUAGUACUCCCUUUGAUACUCUUUCGCUAGUUACACUUACACUUAAAAAACCAAGAUGGUCACCUGUUACAGACUUGAACAAGGAAAAUGUUUUCUUGGAUAUACGGACAAGAGGUUCUUUUGCAAAUGCCAGUCUGGGAUAGAAAACGUCGGUGUCACGAGGGUGGGAGGAAUUCCGCAGCAAAGUUUUAUCCUAGGAAUUAAGCUCCGCCCUGAGGUCCAGCUCCUUACCUUUCCGUAUAUUUUUUUUAAGAGAAAAGACACCCCUCCCUUAAACAGUACCUUCCAUUGACAAGAGGUACCCCUUUCAAAUACCUAGUUUAGAACUUUCCAUUCCCUGUGAAUAAAUCACAAAACUGGCCAGGAAAUUUUCUCGACUUUUUCACAGCCAUAAAAUCCUUCUGUUGGCCCUUUUAGGUCCUUUUACAGACCGAAAUGGCACAGAUUUCCCUACCUUCUCAUGUACUUCAACUAUUGAAAUCCUAAACCCUUUCAUACACCUGAAGUCUGGAAAAGGUGCCCCUUUUGCAAUUCGGACGAAGCUUCCCCGUAGAAGCCAUUAUAGGGGGUACCGCUCGGGAUCUAUGCUUGCUCUUCUCGCAAUGAGUGAAACAAUCAGUCUUCCCUGAAGCACUUAGCAUGCUACAAAAUUGAUUAUCUCUUGCGUUGAAUGUCUAAGUUUAUAUACGAUGCGGUCAGCAUAAAACACAGACUGCGAACUGAGGACCACGGACUGCGGACUGGGUAUAAAAUACGGACUAGGUACAAAACGUGGACUACGGACUAUAUAUAUAAAAACAGCUUUAGAAGGUAAAACUGAGAGAAAUGGAAAGCGGACUAGCAAAAACAGUAGUCCCAGCUUUAACAUUCCCUUGGCUGUUCACGUAGUCUAUUCUUCCCACGAGAAGGAAGGUUAUGCCGGUACUCAAGGCAACUGAAAUUAAACUCUGAAUUUUCUAAAAAGAAGGAGUUUGAAGAUAUUUCAAUUUGCUGUUUUAGACCAAUAAGAAGCAGCAAAUUAAAAAAAAUAGUAUUGGUGUUAGUCAGAUCAGUAAAAUUCUUAUCGGAUGCCACAAUUUUGUUUCAAAUAAAGCCUUGGAAAUAUGAGGACUGAAUGAAGAACCCAGACGAGAAGGUCAAUGUAGGGCAUUCCGCGAUGCACAAAAGUAGUAUCUAGGGGGGAGGGAUUACUCACGUACGGGAAUAAUAACCGAAAUGAGUCAUCCAACGUUAUAUUCUAAGCGAUGAUUAUGAUGACAUGAUUUACUCCCUGCUACUGAUCCCCGGAGGGGGCUACUACUGGGAAUUCUUGGUGGGGAUGUGGUGCCCGGUUCCCCGAAUCCUGACCUUAUUGCAGACCAAACAAUGUCAUUUUCCACACCCGUUUUCAGACCAGAUCUCUAAAAUCCAUACCCGUUUUCGGACCUGGCCUAAUUUAGCCUGUUCCAGGCUCUCAGAUAGUUGGGGAGACUUCCCAGAUUUCUCCCGUUUUAUUUUCGUGUUUUUGCUUUCUCAAUUCAGCGGACCCAACUAUCUCAGAGCCUUGAACAGGGUAGGUCUAAUUAGGCAGAAAUUAUGUCAUCAUUACCAAGUUAGAGGAGAAACAAAAAAAUUCUCCAAAUGCAUUUCGAAUUCGCACAUUUCUAUUUCGUUCUUAUAUUCAUUUGGAAUUGAAACGAUAAAUACGUCCAUUCAUGUACGCUCCCGUAGUUCCCUCGAAAACCAUACCCGAUUCCACACCAAAAUGGGCAAAGUGUUUUCCGACCAAAAAGGCCCGAAACCCCUAGCCUUCCAUUAUAGCACAGUUUUCCUUUUUGUUAGUUCAAUAACGACACAUCAGCAUUUGAGCAUUUUGAUCCGGCUCAUGAUUCAGAGAACUGGGCGGCACACCUUCACCAAGAAUUUACAACUUUAACUCAGUUACGUGUCUUGCUAUUUAGCGAUCUUCUGAUCUUAUUUUUCCUUACCUAGAACCAAUUAGCACCGUUUUCACCAAAGUAGUCCGUAGUCCGUAUUUUAUACCCAGUCCGUAGUCCGCAGUCUGCGUUUUUACCUUGCCCUUGUUUUAUAGCCAGUCCAUAUUUUCCAGUCCGCGUUUUAUACCUAGUCAUACCUAGUCCGUAUUUUAUACCCAGUCUGCAGUCCGUAGUCCAUGUUUUAUACUGACCGAUAUACGAUGUACGAGGUUGGUGGCUUGUAAUUGUUUUUUUUUUCUUUUUUUUUAGACCUGGACGAAUGCAAGGAUAAAACUCAUCAGUGUGAUGUAAAUGCGAACUGUACCAACAUUCCUGGCUCAUAUAACUGCACGUGCAUGCCUGGCUACACAGGAAAUGGGAGCAUUUGUAAUGGUAUAAUUAACUAUACAAGCCUUCACUUCAUUUUUCUGCAAGUAGUUAUGUUUUCUUUGUAACUAAAUAUUUUCUUCUUCCUCCAGAAAUUGAUGAAUGCAAGGAUGGAAGUCAUGAUUGUCACAUAAAUGCCAACUGUACCAAAAUUCCUGGUUCUUAUAACUGCACAUGCAGGCAUGGCUACCAAGGCAGUGUCGUGAUAAGAUUUAAUUUAUAUGCUUUUCUUUUUUCUUUUUCUUAUUCAGACAUCGAUGAAUGCGAAAAGGGAAGCCAUGAUUGUCACAAAAAUGCGAAUUGUACAAACACAGCUGGCUCUUACAACUGCACGUGCAGGCCUGGCUACACAGCUAAUGGGAGCAUUUGUAAAGGUAAAAAUUUGCCGAUUAAUUUUUAUGAUGCGCCUUUAAAGAGUCGGGACUCAUAGCUCCCUUUGGUAGUACUCCCUUUGAUCACUUUCCAUUAAGUUAUUCUUACACUUAAAACCAAGAUGGUCACCCGUUACAGACUUGAACAAUGAAAAGUGUUUUUUUGGAUAUACGGACAAGAGGUUCUUUUGCGAAUGCCUGCAGUCUGGGAUAGAAAACAUCUGUGCUCCCCGGGGGAGGAGGAAUUCCGCAGCAAAGUUUUGUCUUGUGAAACUCCGCCUUGAGGUCCAGCUCCUUACCUUUCGUUUUAUUUCUUUUGAGAGAAAAGGUACCCCCCCCCCCCUUACACAGUACCCCUAAUUGACAAAUGGUACCCCUUUCAAAUACCUAGUUUGGAACUUUGCAUUACUUUUAGCUGCUGUAAAUGCACUUUCUUUAAACUGUGAAUAAAUCACAAAACGGACCAGGAAAUUGUCUCGACUUUUUCACAGCCAUAAAAUCCUUCUGUUAGCCCUUUUAGGUCUUUUUGCAGACCAAAAUGACACAGAUUUCCCUACCUUCUCAUAUACUUCAACUAUUGAAAUCCAAAACCCUUUCAUACACCUGAAGUCUGGAAGAGGUACCCCUUUUGCAAUUCGGGCGACGCUUCCCCAUAUAGGUCAUUAUAGGGGGUUCCUCCCAGGAUUUAUGCUUGCUCGUCCCUCAAUCAGCAUGCUACAAAACUGAUUAUUUUCUUGCGUUUAAUGCCUAGGUUUAUAUACGAUGUGCGAGGUUGGUGGCUUGUAUUGUUUUCUUUUUUCUAUAUUAGACCUGGACGAAUGCAAGGAUAAAACUCAUCAGUGUGACGUAAAUGCAAACUGUACCAACAUUCCUGGCUCAUAUAAC